AUGCAACGUUCGAUUUCCUCAACCAAGAAUGUCUACCGCAAUCUGCUCCAUCUACAGAAACCACCGACUGCCGCCAUGGUCACAUGGCAGCAACCACCUUGUGAUGUUUUCAUUAACCACCGUGGGAUUGACACAAAGAAGAACGUCGCCGGACUUUUGUAUAACCAUCUGGUGAGGUUAAGAUUAAGACCUUUCCUUGACAGCAAAAAUAUGAAACCAGGUGAUAAAUUGUUCGAUAAAAUCGAUGCUGCUAUCACCGGAUGUAAAGUUGGAGUUGUGGUUUUUUCUCCCCGAUAUUGUCAAUCAUAUUUUUGCUUGCAUGAAUUAGCUCGUAUAGUGGAAGCGAAGAAGAAGCUCAUACCGGUUUUUUGUGACGUCAAACCAUCGGAGCUUAUUGUUAGAGACGACGGGAGUUGCUCUAAACACCAGUUAAAUAGGUUCAAAACAGCUCUCGAGGAGGCUAAGUACACCGUUGGAUUAACUUUCGAUUCUUCAAACGGGUAA